AUGGCAGAAUAUGAAACAUGCAUCACAGGUAUCCGUACAGCCAUUGAAUGCAAAAUCAAAGUGCUAGAAGUAUAUGGGGAUUCUGCACUAAUGAUCUAUCAGCUCAAAGGCGAAUGGGAAACAAGUGACCCCAAAUUGAUCAAUUACCGAAAGCUAUUUUUGGAGUUAAUUGAGGAGUUUGACGACAUCACUUUUCGUUACCUUUCGCGAGAUAAGAACCAGAUAGCUGUCGCCUUAGCUACCUUAGCUUCUAUAAUUAGAGUAAACAAGCAAGAGGACAUGAAGCCAAUCCAGAUGAGUAUUUAUGAGGCUCCGGCUCAUUAUUACAACAUCGACGAAGAAGAAGAAAAAGAUAAUCACCCUUGGUAUCACAAUAUAUUUCGAUAUGUAAGGAAUCGUAAAUACCCAGACCAAGCAACUGAGAAUGAUAAAAGGAUAUUGAGAAGGCUGGCCAGUGACUAUGUCUUAGAUGAAGAGAUCCUAUAUAAAAAAAAAAAGGGAAGAAUCAGGUGCUACUAA